AAAUAAAAAAUGACCUCGCGAUCACCUGUGACGCASUACCACGGAACGCCACAGUUGAAUCACAUCUUACAUACCAAUGAUCCGUAACCAUGGGAAGAAAAGAACACGAUCAAAAACUACACUACCGGUAAACAGAUUCUGUUCCAUCCGYAACAGACGKUUCCCGAGUGGCUGUCUUUCGGAAGCGGCCGGUGUGGACCAUGUCGAUACUUAUAACGCGAGUAGCAGCCCCCGACACGCAUGCGUUGGGGUGGCAACCGCUGCUGCUGCUUUUCGGUUUCCUAUGCGGAACAGCCGAAGGUCUUCUUCUGUCCUCCUCGUCUCGACACGGAGCGAAUCAAUACAGCUGCCACCGCAACAGCAACUCGUUGUUUGGUUCGUCCCCGGAAACGGCAACGGAAACAGGAGUCGUUUCGGUGACACUCUCCGAUCGUUUCCAACACGGCAGGCCAUGCUUUCGAGCAAGCGCGGCUUGUUGUCCGGGACGGAGGACGAUCGCUUGCGGUGCGAAACGAGACGGCGGACACGACGACAACGACGACAACGAAUGCUGGUUCCCGUUUCCKGAGGAAGAGAAUGGCGAAGAAACAGCUGCAUCUGCACCCGCUUCCCAAUCCACCACCCACACAAAGAGCGCCGGCGUCGAUGUCUCUGCGAAGAAGAUUGGUCCGUUCGAACCACCUGUACCCAAAGCGGCGGUUGUACUUUUCUCGGCGGGAAUCGCGGUGCUCGCGAUCGCAUUCGCCUUUGUCUCCUUCUGGCCCCUGGUCGGGGGCUUUGACGUCGAAACAUUCCUGGCGCUCAGGGGGAUUCUCGACGACGGAAGAACCGCAAGCGGCUACUACUACGGCGGAGGAGGCACGGAAUCCUCGAUUCUUGAGCUCCCGCCCCUGAGCCCGGCGGAGCAACUGGUGGGUGCGGUGUUUGGACCACCACCCACGCCGCAGGUGGUCCGCUGAGGGCCGGCAGCCACCACCAGACCGAGGACAGUCGGAGACGCAACGUUUCGUCCGUGCAGUUUGUUGCGUCGUUUGGUUCCGUUCGGCGACACAGCAGCCGGAGUUGGCCACAACGCAUCGCAACGCACUACAAUGCCAAGCAAGCAAUGCAAGGCAACAGUGCUCGUUCGGAGGACUUGCAGGCGAUGUGGUGCACCACACGAUGUAUCCUUUUGCAGAAAACGUCCUUUUCAGCAAUCGGAGACAAGGGACAUCUGGGAUCUAUCGUUGUGCCGUGCUUCGAUGCAAGAGCUAGACAAGAACAUCCCAAAGCAAGCUUCGGACGGCGGUACAACACAAAACACAAACUAGCCGAAUACUGUAUUUUAAUGGUUUAGAUGCGUCGAUUUAAUUUUUUUUCGUCUUAAAAUAGCACAUAAGCGCCUGUAGCGUAUCUGGCUGCUAGCAAAUACUCUUUUGUGGGUGCAGCAUCUCUCUUCUCGCCGUCGUUCCGUUCCCUCUCGCUACCGCGUCCGGUUUCGCGUUCCCCGCGAUUCUCUCCGCAGGCCUUCUCUAUAGCGAGCGUAGAGAUCGUCAAAGUCGCUUUGCUGGGACGAUCGGUCGUCUUCUUUUGCGGAGGCAACCCUUUCCACCCCUACCGUCCCGUCGUCCCCCACCGUCCAGACCUCCCUGGCAAUCCCCGACAAAAACCCCUGGUGGUGGGAGACCGCCACCACGGCUCCCCCAAAGUCGGAAAGGGCCUCCGAGAGGCUCGAGAGGCUGUCCCCRUCCAGGUGGUUCGUCGGUUCGUCCAGAACCAGCACGUGUGGCGCAUCCCCGCACAGAACGGAGGCAAAGGCCAGGCGGGCCUUCUGGCCCCCGCUCAGGGUCCCGAUGGGCUGGAGGGCGAGCGGGCCGCAGAGGCCAAACCCCCCAAGGAACCGCCGGGCCUCGAACUCGUUCUUGCAGCCGUUGUCCCUUCCCUCCGAUUGGCCCAGGAGGUACUCGACCGGGCUCUGACCGAGGAAAGACCCGAGCUGCUCGAUGUGGUGCUGGGAAACGCAGGCAAUCUUCAGGUUGUUGGAAUGGAAGCGAAGCGUUCCACCGUUCUUGUCCGGAGCGAGUUUUCCGCACAGGAGCUUUAGGAGCGUGGAUUUUCCGGAUCCGUUCUUGCCGAGAAUCGCGAUGCGGCUCCCGACCGAAACACUCAGGGUCAGGUCCCUCAACAGGGGAUCUGUGUUGUGCGUUUCGCUGUCGUCGCUGUAGGAGGUUGGUGGAUACCGAAACCGGCAGUUUUCCAUCGUGAUGAGCGGGGCGUGUUCUGCGGUCGCUCCCUUUAGAGGCGGCGCGGAAGGAAACCGGAAAUUCAGUAGCUGGUGCUGCUCCCCGAAUGUCGUCCCGGAAUUAUUCACAAAAGCCGACGAAAAUCCCGCCGUGUUGGUAUAGCUGCCCUGGAUGUGGUUGGCCCGGUUGACCCCGACACACCCCCUUCCUUGGGCCAACAGCUUAAACUUCUUGCCGUUUUCGCUGUACAGACCGAUGCGUCCCAGUUUUCUUUCCCGUUCCCUUGCCUGGCGCUGCUUGUUGUCGUCGCGGCGCUUGCUGUUGGACAUGGAUUUUUGCUUCUGGAUGAAUUCCAUGGCUUUCUUUUCUUUCCGGGCGGUUGCGUCUGCGAUG